UGUGUGUAUAUAUAUAUAUACGCGUGUAUAUAUCUACACAUAAAGAGCCAUGUAAUGAGACCGACCCAAACCAUUACCCUUCUUCAUAACUCUCUCUCUCUCUCUCUCUCUCUCUCUCUCUCUCUCUCUUGGUUGGGUUUUCUCUCUGUGUUGAAGAAGCUCUCGAGGCUUAGCAGAAUGGUGGAUCACCAUACUGUAUGCUGUAUGUGUGGCGACAUCGGCUUCCCAGAAAAGCUCUUCCGCUGCGCCAAGUGCCAUAAUCGCUUCCAGCACUCGUAUUGCAGCAACUACUACAGCGAAGCAUCAGAGCCAAUAGAGCGCUGCGAUUGGUGCCAAAGUGAGGAAAUUAGAAGCUCCAGACACGGCAGUUCUUCAAAGAAGUCUACCGCCGGAAUUAACUCGGGCGGCAAUGGUGGUGGCAGCGCCAACACCACCAGCCGAUCUGAAUAUUCCGGUGAUAAAAUCAAGCAACACGAGCGUGAAGAGAGGGAGGGUGGUGCCGAGAAGGGGAAGACCCCGUCGCCGAGGCCUACCACACGCAGGUACAAGCUUCUCAAGGAUGUUAUGUGUUGAAUAUGGAAGCAGACUUGUGUGUUCUAGCUAGGGGUUUUGUCCAUAGUAUAGUAGCUUGUGUGCUUUUUUUCAAGGGAGUAAUUCUCCGGACAUAGAAACCGGUGAGCAAAACCGGUCACAUAAAUUGCAUGGAUGAAUCAAGAAUCUUUUAGAACUCGACCACAUCAUCGGUUCUAAAAUUCUGAUCGUCCAUGCAGUACUUGUGACUGGUUCUGUGAUCAAUUUCAGUGUCCAUAGAAUUAUUCCUUUUCAAGUUACUAAGUUUUGUUUGGGUUUUCACCAAGUUGUAAUCAAAUAAUGUAACUUAUAUAUAUAUAAAAACAUAAAUCAUAUGUUGAUGGGAUUUCGCACUU